AUGGCUCACAAUUGGAGACUAUGGAAGGAAACGGAAAGAGCGUUGAAAUUAUUCAAAAGUGGCGUUACUCCAAUUUUGGUUGCGACUGAUGUUGCUUCAAGAGGGCUGGAUAUUCCACAGGAUCAAACCACGAAAGGGGGUAAAUCAAGUGGUGGUACGAGAAAAGCCGAUACCAAGCUGGCUGUGAAGAAAACUCAAGCCAAAGGGAAAGCUGUCAAGGAUCCCAAUAAGCCUAAGAGACCUGCUAGCGCUUUCUUUUUAUUCAUGGAGGAGUUCAGGAAACAAUUUAAAGAAGAGAACCCUGGCAACAAAUCUGUUGCUGCUGUUGGUAAGGCUGGUGGGGCGAAAUGGAAGACAAUGUCAGAUUCUGUUAAUGUAUCUAAGCUUAUCAUAGAUUGUGUUGCUGGAAUGUUGGAUAACAUUAUCAAUAUGACUUUCUGUUAUGUGAAUUUGAUUAGUAGUUACUAA